AUGAUCCACGACUUUUAUGGCAACAAGGUUGCCAACGGCCUCUCCACAAUUGACUCAAUCUAUGCACUCGGCGACACGUCCUGUGAGGAGGCCACCGACGGAGCAUCCUACUGGAUACCAGGUCUAAGGAUCAAUGGCAAGAUGUUCAAGGCCAGUUUCAUCAAGAUCUAUUACUUUGGACACUUGACCUUCCCCGUCUCACCUAUCCCCAAGGGUCUCCAAUUGAUCGCUGGAAAUCCCAAGGCCACUGUGGCCGAUGGCAACAUCUGGUGGAAUUGCCCAGACCAGGGUCUCAUGUUCAAACCACCUACCACAUGUUCCAGCAAGAACGAGACGGUGUUAGCUUUGGCCAUGACCCUUCUCUUUCCCAACUGUUGGGACGGAGUCAACAUCCGCCCCACAUUCACGUACAAGAACGCCAUCUAUGAUGGAGGUAAACCAUGCCUGGCAGACUACCCCGUCCGCAUACCCCAGCUGAGAAUGCAUCUCCUCUACGCCAUCACUGACAAGGAGAAAGAUCUCUCUGGAGCCCAGUUCUCUCUCAACCCUGUCAAAGAGACUGAUGGCUCGUGGACCUGGCCAUGGACCGGUCUCGUCGGUCUGCACGCCGACUUCUUCAACGGUUGGGAGGAAGACACAAUGAAGUUCAUCGUGGUCAACUGUCUAAAUAGGAACACCACAUGCAGCUUUAAUCUUCCGAGACACUACCCCAACGUCACUCAGUCGUUCGCCCUGGUUGGCUCAAAAAAGGCCAACCCGCCCUUUCUCCUUGUCGACUCCACUAGUGUCCCAUUCUACAAGAUUGACAUCCCAGACCGCGCCAGGACUUCCAGCUGGUCGAAAGCCAACCUCGACUUCUACUCAUACAACAAUCAACAGGGGGUGGGCAACAAAUGGCUCAACCUCUUCCAGGUGACCGCCGACCAGAUUCGACAGUUUUUUGUCGACAAUCCCAAAGGCUCAGUGUCCAUAUACUUUUGCUUCCGUUCCAACGAUGCUGACCAGACCUACUCGAUUGCUUCCACCUCGAAUCAGGAACAUAUGCCACUUGUUUGGUUUUUGGAUCCAACGAAAAAGCAGAGCCAAGACAAUGUGGUCAUGUCCUCGCCCUAUGUCCAGCCACCCAACCCUUCAGAGAGCUCUUCUGGAACUCCAGCACCAAGUACCACUGCUGCAUCGACCACUGGCGCCACCACAAGAAAGGUCAGUACAAUUUCUGGAACUCCUAGCUCGACUACAACCAACUCUCCCACCUCGACAACCACCAGCACUCCCGGCUCGACAACUACCAACACUCCAGACGGACCAAGCUCUGGAAGCCACAUAUCAUCAUCAUUCCUUCUAACUGUCAUAACAUUAUUGUUGUCAUCUCAGUUCAUCUAA